AGAAAGAGAAAGAGGAGAGAAAGAGAAAGAGCUACAACUCCAGACAGAAGAUGCAGUUCAGGUGUGUGUUGGUCUCCUGUCUUCUGUCCAUCACUCUGUUACAAUGGAGCAUCAGUGGAGUCAGAGUGGACCGACGUCCACCACAGCGCGUAGACCAGUCCAUGUCCAGGACCCGGACUGUGGGAGUGAAAGCAGGGGAGGAGCUAACAGCUAAACUCCUGCGAUUGGAUCACCUUGUCAGGAUGGAGAAUGACGUCAUGGAGCCGAAGAGGAAGAGGAGUUUCCCCAGCAACAGCGCCCCACUGGACCGCCUGUCAGUCAGCUCCAUGGAAACCAAGCAGGGCUCAAACAAGCAGAGCAAGGUAGUAGAGUUGCCACGGCGACGAGUCAACCCGCCUCCGAUCGACAGGAUUGGAACAAGUCGUCUGCCCAACCGUGGAUAGGCCACACCCCUAUAUCCUGAUAGCUCCUCCCCUCUCCACAGCCCCACCUCUGGACAGAGGGAUCACAACAGAUGCAUGACAUAAACGCACAUCAGUAGCAGCCGAUAGCGCCGCCCCCCCGUCACCUGCUGAGCCACACCCCCACCAUCGGUCAAUUCACCAUCUCACCUUACCUGGACACAUCCACCCCCCCCCCACCCCCCACCCCACCCCCCCACCCAGCCACCCAAUCAAACACACGGAUGUAAUGGUGGUGCAUUCAGGUGCUGCUCUGUAACCAAAGCUUUGUGACUCGUGCGUUUGGAUCCUUUUCUUUUUCUCGUCGUCACAGAAGCAGAACGUCGUCCAGUCGGUCACAGAUUGGACCUGGGUUCACGGUCUUUAAAUUCACUGAAGGAAACUAGAACAGACGGAACCACACAGAGCCCAAAUAAACAUCUGCUAUCCUCUACUUACCCACACCAGUACUGCAGUUUGCACCUGAAUGCAGCAUCACCCCCCCCACCACCACCACCCUGAGACCCUGACUGGAGGCGUCUGUCUGGUGCCUCGACUCUGAUCACAUGACACAACUUGAUUUGAGUUUCUGCCUCGUAGUUCUUUAGGUCACCAGGUCAGCUGACAGCAGGACCACCCCUCCCAUUGGUCAGCUGACAGCAGGACCACCCCUCCCAUUGGUCAGUUGACAGCAGGACCACCCCUCCCAUUCAGGUUGGACCUCAGUGAACCUCCAACAGUAUCAUCCUAACCCUGUCCUGACCUUUGACCCCCACCCAACACCAGGGUCAGAUAAAAGUAUGUAUGAGUGUAUGGACAACCACUCUGAUGUAUGUAAACCUGUAGAGGGGCGGGGCUUGGAUGACCUCAACCUAUGGGACUGAGGUUCCUAACAGGGCCGAGGUUCCUACGGGGCUGAGGUUCCUACAGGGCCAGGUUCCUCUGGGGCCUAGGUUCCUACAGGUCCAGGUUCCUCUGGGGCUGAGGUUCCUACAGGUUCCUACGGGGCUGAGGUUCCUACAGGUCCAGGUUCCUCUGGGGCUGAGGUUCCCACAGGUCCAGGUUCCUACGGGGCUGAGGUUCCUACAGGUCCAGGUUCCUCUGGGCCUAGGUUCCUCCAGGUCCAGGUUCCUCUGGGGCUGUUCCUCCAG